UUUGAGCCAAACCAGUGAUAAAGAAGUCUCACAUUUUGUUUCAACCGAGAGAAAUUACUUGACGCAACGCCGUUCACGUUGAGGGUCAAAUGUUUUGAGGAUAUGCUGCACGUUUAAUCAAAAUGUCAAGUUUCUCGAGAUCUGCCCAGCAAUGGGCAACCUUUGGUCGUUCCUGGUUCCUGAUCGAUGCUAGAAUGCAGCCUCCUGGCAAGAUUGCGACCAUGUGUGCUAUUAGAUUACAGGGGAAACACAAGCCUAUCUACCAUGCAUUGAGUGACUGUGGUGACCAUAUAGUAGUAAUGAACACCAAACAAAUAGCUUUCUCUGGGAACAAAUGGGAGCAGAAAGUAUACUCAUCACACUCAGGGUAUCCAGGUGGAUUCAAACAGCUCACAGCGGCCCAGCUGCACCACAAAGACCCAAAAGCUAUCGUAAAGUUAGCGGUUUACGGCAUGUUGCCAAAGAAUCUGCACCGUCGCACCAUGAUGCAGAGGUUACACAUCUUUCCUGACGACGAGCUGCCAGAAGACAUCCGAGCCAACCUCACGGAGGAGCUGCCGCAGCCCAGAGAGGUCCCCAGGACGCUCAGCGAGUACACGCAGGAGGAGAUCGAUGCCUUCCCCCGGCUGUGGACACCACCUGAAAACUACAAGAUGAAAUGAGAUCCUGGGUGCCCGACGUGACCAAAGCUGAAGACUUUUUUUUUUUUUUUUACUCAACCCUGAAAGCAAAAGCAUUCUCGAUUACAUUUGUCAUUAUGUUGCUUAAAAUCAAAUGCAUUUUUAAUAGGAUUUGCUCUGAGAUGUUAUCUGUUCUAAAACAUAAAACAGUUUUUUUUUACUGUUUUGAUUCAACUUGGGGAAGACCAGGUAACAGCUCUGGCAUUGACUUGACUUCACAUUACACAAGUCAUAACCUAGACGCCAGCUAAUUCUGUGCUCCUCGCUACACAACAAUACACCCCACUGUCGUAUUUCCCUCGACAGCCGACUGAAUCAUCAGGAAACUUCCCUGGCGGUUCAGCUUUGAUCAGAGAAAAUCAGAUUUUGUUGGGUUUCAUUACACAACCAUGCGCUGAUCAGAUCUGCACCAAAAAAUAUGACAUCUGUUGUCCCGCCUUUGGAGCUUUCUGGGUUCACCGUGAAACCAAUUAAUAUGUUAAUUAACAUUCAGGCCAUCAGUAUGGUUUCAGGUGAACCUCUUGACUUUAGACAGAAAAAUCCAGAGCCCUUUGUCUUGUUAGUGUGUUGUGAAAGACGAGUUGUAAAAUAAUGUAAUAAACAAUUUAAUAAACCUG